CGCUUUGACAUCUUAGUUCUAGUAGCGAUCAGCUCUGUUAUGUAAUUAUUACAUUUCCAGCUGGUAUCUGUGUAUUUAGAUUUUUUUUUAUCCAGUAAUAGCUUUAUUAAUUAGGAUAGUAAUGUUUGUUUGCAGGCGAUGUGUGUUGAACUCCAGGCUGUUGUUUGUACAAUCUCAAGAUGUUCUACAGAUGGCUAAACUCUGCCAUCUCUCCAAACCCACUGCUCAUACUGGUACAUCCCUGGUACAUCAGAGCUUCUUACAUAGGUGGAAUGAUCAGUGGAAAUUAUUUACAAGUCGAGCUUUCAGUGAUCAGCAAACCAGUUCAUCACUUAGUCUACAAACUGCAAAAGCCUUAAUUGAUUUGAAUGCAGUAUCCGGUCUGUCUCCAUUUAAAGAGAUCAGUGAGGAAGAUGCCAUACAAAUCACUGUACCUUCAGAUCUUCCACCCUCCACAUUUACCCUGGGAGAUUAUGUGGACAAAUCAGAAACACUAACAAAACUGGUACAGCUAGGUGUCAGUCUGUCAAAACUAGAGGAAAGACCUAAUGUGGGCUCCAUGCUAGUAAGGCUUGACUUCCAAGCUGACAUAGCACCACGACUUCUCUUCUUGAAGGACCUUGGAGUGGAAGACUCUAAACUUGGUGCAGUUCUCACAAAAAACCCAUUCAUACUCACUGAGAGCAUGGAAAACCUGCAGGCCAGGGUUUCAUAUUUAAAGUCAAAGAAGUUCAGUUCAGAGGCAGUCACUGCGAUGGUCAGCAAAGCUCCAUAUCUGCUCAACUUUAGUGUCAAGAGAUUGGACAACCGUCUGGGAUUUUUUCAGCAGCACUUGGGUCUCAACGCUCAAAAGACACGAGAUGUUGUUACCCGUCUACCGAGAUUACUUUGUGGAAGUUUGGAGCCAGUAAAGGAAAACCUAAAGGUUUGUGAACUGGAGUUUGGCUUUCGCAGAAAUGAAAUCCAGCACAUUGUCACUGUGGUUCCAAAGGUGUUAACAGCCAAUAAGAGAAAACUAACACAAGUAUUCGACUUUGUCCACAACACCAUGGGUGUUCCUCACUCUCUUAUAACAAAGUUCCCCCAAGUGCUGAAUGCGAAGUUUCUUCGUAUAAAGGAAAGACACCUCUUUCUUCAGUAUUUAGGUCAUGCUCAUUAUGAACCAGCUCAUCCUAACUACAUCUCACUGGAGCGUCUGGUGGCCCUGCCAGAUGAAGCUUUCUGCUCUGAAGUUGCAUUAGCCUCUCUGGAUGAUUUUGAAAGAUUUCAGAAAACUCUGUAGUGGUAAACCUAAAGGGGUGUAUGUGAGUUUUAGAUUGUUCAGAUCAUUUUAAUCAACUAUUGACAAUUACAGGACUAAUUCAUAAUUACGUAAUUACGGUGACAGGACUUUUUCCAGAUUCAUGGAAUUUUGCAAUUAUAACUUUUGCAUCAGAAGGGUUCAGCUAAAUUUCUAAAGCAUGGUUGGAGAAAGUGGAUUGUUUGUAUUUGUAUUUAAUGGUGUAUUUUGACUGUAUGUUUGACUUUUGUUCAGUUAUGUGUUUCUGAGUUUGAU